AUGACCUCAGGAUCGGCGACUCGGCGAGGCCUCUUGAAGCGAACGUCGACGAUCUUCCCACCGUUCCUGGUCUCGCCAACCCUGACGUUCCCACCGUUCAUGACGUUCCCACAGAACCGGUAUGCUAUUGUGGAGGAAUUGGCACAGCUUGGAGCGACCGUGCACACAUGUUCUCGGAAUGAAGCCGAUUUGAAGAAGUGCUUGCAUGACUGGGAGGCGAAGGGCUUCCGAGUCACUGGUUCAGUCUGUGACCUUGUGUCUCAGCUCCAAAGAGAAGAACUUAUAAACACAAUUUCUCAUCAAUUUCACGGCAAACUCAAUAUUCUUAUAAAUAACGUGGGAACCUGCAUUCUUAAACCAACCACAAAUGUGACAGCUCAAGAUUUCUCAUUCAUCAUGGGUACCAAUAUUGAAUCUGCUUACCACCUGAGCCAGCUUGCGCACCCUCUUCUCAAAGGAUCGGAAGGAGGAAGUAUUAUUCUCCUCUCUUCUAUUAGUGGAUUGUUGUCAAUGGGUGGUACAUCCCUUUACGGAGCAAGUAAAGGAGCAAUAAACCAACUUUCUAGAAGUUUGGCAUGUGAGUGGGCACGAGACAAUAUCAGGACCAACUGCAUUGCACCUGGAGUGAUAACAACUCCUUUAACGGAGGAUUUCUUAGUCAAUGGGAAAGCCUUGGAAACUAUAAAUUCACGGACUCCUAUUGGACGAACUGGGGAGCCAAAGGAGGUAUCAUCCUUAGCAGCGUUUCUUUGCCUUCCUGCAGCCUCUUACAUAACAGGACAGACAAUCUAUGUUGAUGGAGGGAUGUCUGUCUAUGGAUUCAAUCCCUAG